UCAUAUCUGCUCAGAUAUUGGCUACUCUUGACGGUGUCAGAUAUGUCAAUCAGGUGUUUACUUGGUGGCGCGAUCCCGCCUCACUCCUGCAGGUCCCAACAUUGCGGCCGCGGGCCUCCACCUCCGUGUCAACAAUCUUUCUUUUCUACAAACGGGACAGAGUAAGCCUGGACGAUUCGAACCCAACUUUCAGGAGACGUUCUAACUUCCUCCGCCCCCACCUUCUCCCGCUAGAACGUUAUAAGACACCUAGGAGGAUUGGAUAUUCCUCAUUCAUCGAGUUUUCCGGUAUUCCCUUUCUACACAUUCUGCAAUGUCCAAGAACGAAUCACAGACGGUGCUUAUCUCGGGUGCUGGACCUUGUGGUCUCGUCACAGCCCUUGCCCUCGCACAAAAUGGGAUUUCUGUGCGAGUGGUAGAUAGGAUCUCCAAAUUUCAAGUAGGGCAACGGGGUGCAGCUCUCUCUCCACGAACAUUGGAGCACUACAAACUUUUGGGGGUGUUGGAAGACAUACAGAAGGCCAGCCCUAUAAUGCAUUCAUUGAUUUUAUAUGACGAAGACGGGGUUACGCACAAGAGGGAAAUGCCCAUGUUCCCGGUUGAAGACAAUACGCCGGCCAAUCCAUAUGGUAACGUUCUUAUCCUGGGCCAGGACCGGCAUGAAGCCAUUCUCCGGCAACACUUGGCGAAGUACAAUGUCCACGUUGAGCUCAGUACUGAGCUUAUAUCGUUUGAGCAAACGGAAGAUCAUAUCUCAGCAACUCUCUCCAAGACGGUGGACGGAAAACAGGUAGAAGAGACAGCGGAAUUCAAAUGGCUAGUCGGUGCCGACGGUGCUUCUAGCAUGGUGCGAAAGACACUGGGCUUAAGUUUCCUUGGCGAAUCUCGACAAGCAGAGAACUUUGUCAUCGGUGAUAUCUACAUCAAGGACCUGGAGAAGAAGUUGAACCGGAAGAUCUGGCACGUAUGGGGUGACGCUUCGAAAAAGAUGGCGAGUCUGCGGCCCUACGAGAUCCCUAAUGACGAUCGGUGCUACUAUCUCGGUGGUGGCGUUGAAGCCGAUCCCGAUUUAAUGGUAUCAAGUCGAGAAGAGUUUAUCAAGUCUUUCUACGAAAUCAGUGGACGCACAGAUAUCGAUUUUGGUGAACUCAUCUAUUUACGACCCUAUAGACCAAAUGUCCGUAUGGUAGAUAAAUUCGGCUAUGGACGAGUCUAUGUUGCUGGAGAUGCUUCGCAUGUCCACAGCCCCACCGGAGCUCAAGGCAUGAACACGGGUGUACAAGACUGUGUGAGCCAUCCUAAUGAUUUUCAAUUAAAUUCCCUACUAACACCAUCUGGAGUUGAACUUGGCGUGGAAGUUGGUCCUGGCAGAGAAAGGCCUCGCUUCAAAGGCACUUCUCGACUCUUACACUCACUGAGCGCCUACCCUGUUGUUGCUUCCAUGCUCGACAAGACCACUGCGCUUCUCAACAAGACAUUCGCGCGCACCCCCGAUAACUUUGACGGCUGGAAGCGAGGCUACGAGUUGCGCCAAUUCGGUGUCAAUUACCGCGGAAGCCCCGUUAUUGUCGAUGAAACGCAGACCGACUGUAGCGAAGAGGUUGAUCCUUACCGUUCCGGAAACGACGGUACCGUUCGAGGUGGAGAUCGUGCCCCCGACGCUCCUGGAUUGAUCUCACUCGGACAGCCAGCAGACAAGUACUCGUCCACACUGUUCGAUGUGUUUGGACCUACUCAUCACACUCUCCUUCAUUUCUCUGACGACAAAGAGAAGCAGACGGCUAUCCUUGACUCUGUCAAGCAGUAUCCGGCGCAUAUAUUAAAGCGCGUCGUCGUUCUUCCUGAGAACACUGAAGUCAAGUCCAGUGAUCUUCCUGCCGAACUUGUUUUCAAAGACAAAGACGGAUAUGCAUACCAGAACUAUGUGGUCAAGAGCAGGGAUUUGGACACCAUAGUCGUUCGACCUGAUGGUGUUAUUGGUGCUCUUGUCAAUGGCUGUAGCUGGUCUGAAGGCUUACUUUGACGCGGUGUUUUCCCCAGAUGCAGAGAAACUGGCGUCGUCGCUGAAAGCUUUGACUGUGUAAAUAUUUAUUUGUGCAAAUGUUAGAAGAGAAACUAGACACGUACAUAUAGAAUAAUGAACUUAAUUCAAUUCGUU